AUGAACUGUAUCGUUGAAGGAAACUGCGUUAAAGCAUUUGGGAGGGCUAUCCAUGCCCUGGCACGUCUGGGAGAUGAGCUGUGGUUGGACCCAAUGGCCAAAGGGCUGGCCCUGAGGUCAGUGAACUCUGCCCACUCAGCCUACUCCUGUUUCUUCUUCUCAUCACUGUUCUUUCACCAAUAUAACACAGACAAGGGCAGUGAACCCAUCAAAUGUAAACUACACUCAAAGUCCAUACUGCCUCUUUUUCGACUGCCCUCCAUUGAGCGCACUGUGGAGCACUGUCAACUCUCCACUGAAGAUGACCUGGUGAAAAUUAAGUUCUUAUGCAAACAUGGGAUUGUCAAAACUCACAAUCUGCGUUUUCAGGAGAGUGAUGCUCUGCAGGCUGUAUUUGCCUCACACCUCUGCCCCAACGUCCUCAAAGCUCCAGCCAAGCUCCUUAGUGACAUGGUGAUGCAUUUCCCAGUCUCCCAAGAGGAAAUCACAUUGUCAAUAUCUUCUGGAAAAAUCAGUCUGAGGAAUUAUUAUGAAGGAGGGAAUAAUCACAUGAAGAUGAUGCACACAGAGAUGUCCUUACACCCAGACGAGUUUGAUUACUUCCAGGUCGGAGUGGAGUCGGACAUAACUUUCUGUCUAAAGGAUCUGCGGGGAUUACUGUCUUUUGCAGAGUCACAUUGUCUGCCUGUGUCAGUUUACUCUGGGGCAGCAGGAAAGCCCGUGUGCUUCUCCAUUGAGGAUAUGGUUUUGGAAGCCACUGUGGUUUUGGCCACUUUGAUGGACUUUGAUGGCAGGGCCCCCUCUCAGCCCGCAGCCUCCCCUCUGCAAACUACUUCAUCCAGGUCUGCAGUGGAAGCUAUAGAAACAGUCCAUCCUCAGGACACUUCUGCAGGAGCAGACCUGGUUGCUUCGAGUCAAGGCAGCCCCAUCCUUGUCCCUCCCCGUCUGCUGCUGCAUCCCUCUCAGACUGACCUCCCAUGUGGACAGGGGGAGCCCAAGCAGACCUGUUCCCCUGCUCCCUCUAUGGUGUGUUCGCUCCUGUUCAAGGCUUUGUCCUCUCAGUCUGAGGAUGACUCUGCUCUGUCACCCUAUGUCCUGGUCUGUGUCAGUGAUGAAGAGGACGAGAUGGAGGGAGAUACAUGCAACCCCUCGCUUUAA